UAAACAAGUGUCACCAAGUUGACAUGUCUCGUUAGUUUUGUCGUCUUUCAGGGCUUCAUUAGCAUGAGCUGUUGUUGUUUUAUAACUCUGAAGUACCAACACUCAGUUAAUCCUUUAAACUAUUUACUCAAAAGAUAUGUUGUCUACAAAUGCCACGGAAAAUGCGCCCUGGUAAAGAAGAGAAAAUUCGCCGUCAGUGAUUGAUAUCGGUUGCUUUAAGUCACAUUGGUUGAUUACUCCACAGUUCCAAGCACUGACAUGCCCACAGGUUCCGGCAUGAGCAUGACACCCAAGAGAACAGAACGAGAUGAGGAUAGUUAUUACGAUCUGCUGAUAGAGCAAGAGCUGGAGAGGAUCAAUCUGGAAGAUGAGGAUUUACCUGAGGGUGAAGGAGGAGAAGGGGUGGAGGAAGCAGAGGAAGAACUUCCUCAGGAAGAGGACCUACCAUCUGCAAUGGAGGAGUAUCUGAAGAGAAUCCGUGUACAGAACGAGUUAUUUGAGGAUGAGCUGAAAGAGUGUGAUGAGCUGAUUCAGCAUGAAGGCCCAGUGUCUGAUGCAGGUAGUGUUGCUCUGGUUCCACUUGUGCAGAUGGAAAUGUUACAGCUGGCUGCAGCAGAGCAUGGACUGGAUCCUGAGGCUUACCGAAAACAGAUUCUGUCCCAGCUAGACAAGGAUGAUGAUUCACUAAGUCUAGAGGGAGAGGAGGAGAUAUUCUCUGCUGACAGUUACCACAGUAAUAGUGCAGUAAAUGAGGGAGGUGAGCCUGGUGUGUUACUGACGGAGGUGACAGUGGAUAGCGGGAUCUGUGAGGGUGAUGCCAGCCACGAGGGACAGGACGACAAGUCAUUAGCAGGAAGUAGUGUCAUCAAUCAGGGUGUGGCUGACCACAACCAGGGGGAUGGAGAAGUUAUACAGGAGAUUGGAGCUGUUGUUUUGGCUGACCCUUCCUGUCAGUUCAGAGCAUUUCUCCGUGAUCAGUGGCAUCAGGCAACAGAGAAACAACGACGAAGAGAAGCUCUUUUCAGAGAGAAAUCUGAAUUAACACGAAGGCAAGCUGAGCUAUAUGAACAAGAUGCUAUCAGCAGAAGGCAAAAAAAGAUGGAAGAAUUGUCCAUGGAAGAGAAGCAACUAACUGAAAUGAAUGCUGCCAAGACUGCAGAACUUGAGAAAAAGCUUGAACAAAAGCAGAAGGAAGUUGAGAGAGAACUGAAACAGUAUGAGAUGUCUAUUGAUGAACUGGAGAGAAAAACAGAAUUGGAAAGGAAAGAACUUCAAAAUCAGCUGGAAUUAGAAAGGGAGAAACAGGGGAGACAACUCGAGGGGGCAGCUGUCAAGAUACAAUCGGUGUACCGGGGAUACAGGGUAAAAAAAGUAUACAGAGAUGAGCUGGACAAAAAAAGGCAAACACGUAGAGAGGAGAUUGAAGCAAGGAAAAUAAGGGAGAAAGAAAUAGAACUCAAACAAUUAGAAGAGAAGAGGAAAGCUGCAGAAUUGGAACGAAAGAGGCAAGAGGAACAAGAGAAGGAGGAUAAACUGAGAAAAGAGAAAGAAGAACAAAUGAAGAAAGAAGAAGAAUUGAGGAAAGAGAAAGAAGAGCAGUUAAGGAAAGAGAAAGAAGAGCAGUUAAGGAAAGAGAAAGAUGAGCAGUUAAGGAAAGAGAAAGAAGAGCAACUAAAGAAAGAGAAAGAAGAGAAGCUGAAGAAAGAGGAAGAAGAACAGAUGAAGAAGGAAAAAGAAGAGCAGGUUAAGAAGGAGAAAGAAGAGCAACAAAGAAAAGAGAGGGAAGAAAGAAUGCAGAAAGAGAAAGAAGAGCAGAUAAGAAAAGAAAAAGAAGAGCUACUUAGGCAGGAAAAAGAGGAAAAGCUAAGGAAAGAAAAGGAAGAACUAAUCAGAAAAGAGAGAGAAGAACGGCUUCAGAAAGAGGAAGCAGAAGAGCUUUUAAGAAAAGAAAAGGAGGAGCAAUUAAGGAAAGUGAAAGAAGAGCAGUUACAGAGAGAAAAAGAAGAACAAUCAAGAAGAGAGAAAGAAGAACAAAUUAGGAUAGAGACUGAAGAAAAAUUAAGAAAAGAAAAGGAAGAGCAAAGCAAGAGUGAGAAAGAUUUGAAAAAAAAAGCAGAUGGGGUUUUGCAGCAAAUGCAAGAAGAACAUAAUAAGAAAGAGAAGGAAGAUGAAAGCAAAGAGCUAUUAAUUGGAAGCCUAUCUGAAGAUCUUGAGAAGAGACGUCGUAAGUGGAUGAGUGAAUGUGUCUUUUGGAGCAAAAUCAGCAACGAACCUUGGAAAACAAUGAAAAAGACCACGAAAAAGCUUGUUAAGAGACCAUCUUCUGCUAAGAAAUUGCCUGCCAUGUCAGUUGAUGUGAUUCUAACUCAGGCCCGGGUAAACAGUCUGCAACAGGUGACCACUGUCCAGUUAGCUGACCUUCCUGGCUGCUCAGUGUCCACUCUUGGUCAGUGUGUCCAUCUUCAGUACCUGGAGCUGACCGACUGUGGGGUGAAGGCUUUGGAGGGAUUGACCAGUUGUAAACAGCUUCAUUAUAUCAACCUACAGAACAAUCAUGUCCAGUUUGUCGACUUAGGUGAUUUGGAAAAUUUAGAAUAUGUCAAUCUGUCAUCCAAUCAGCUGACAGCAGUCCACGGAUUGGAGGAUUGCUCAAACCUCCGCUGGCUGGAUCUGUCCAACAACAAAAUCAUCAAACUAGGCUCUCUUGUUGGAUUACGUCACCUUCACACCUUGAAGCUGUGUCACAAUCAGCUGAUCAGCACUCAGGGGGUGGGGGAUGUCCCCACACUCCAGGACCUACACGCCUCUCACAACCACUUACAGUCAUUGGAGGACAUAGACAAACUGUGUUUGCUUCAGACAUUGGUGCUCACAGGCAACAAUAUGCUAGAGUUUCCUGUCUUGUCAAAUCACGUCCUACUGCAGAAUUUACUACUUGACGACAACAGUAUUACCUCCCUUGACAGCCUGCAGUCAUCAUGGUUACCCUGUCUGAAGGUGCUGAAUUUGGCUCAGAACAGUAUUCCUGAUUUAGGACAGAUGUCGUCUUUUGUGGUGCUGAAGGAUCUGGAUGUCAGCAAUAAUCAGCUCUUAGAUGGUGAAGAGAUGCUGAAGUCAUUGAUGCUAUGUAGACAUUUAGAGAGGCUGUGUGUUGAGGGAAACCCUGGAGGGGAAGAGUCCACUUUUCUGUCCAGAGCAUGUUCACAGUUUAAGAGGCUAUCAUUAGUGGACAAUCAACCCGUACAGAGAGCUCAGCCACCACCAGCAGUUCCACCCAAGUGCUCAUUUGAAGCCACGUGUCUGGCUCAAACACUAGCCAUACAGCAGAUCUGGGAUUGUCAUCAUCAAAAAAUCGAAUCCCUGAACCCCACAGAUCUAGCAGGUGCUUGUGCUGCUCAUUCCUCUAUGUGCCAUACCACCUUUGAUCUGGCUGUAGAGCACCGCUAUGCCCAUGAGUAUGGUGAAGUGAUCAUCAACUGGCCAGCAGCCCCAUCUGUACCUAAACCAACAGGCAGGACAACUAGUAGGGGAAGGUGUAAAGUAAGUGAUGUCAAGGUACCAAGACAGACUAAUACAUUUACCAGUGUUACAAAUGAUGAACACAAAGCUGUGACAGCUGAGGGAGGUAGUGAGUUUGUAAAUGUGGGGAGGACACCUGAGGCUGGGUGUGCGUGUGUGUCAUCCGUAGAUCCCACAAGCAGCAGUACUGCUGACACCUAUGUCCAUACAGACUCACUAGGCCACGUGAGCAGUGAUCAGUCAGUGACGUUGGCAGCUGAGUUAAUCCAGGCUGCCUGGCAGGGCUACAAAGCUCGUCAGUACUAUAAUGAAGAGAGGAAGAGAAGGAGACUGGCAGGAUUGUCAAGGCAGUGGACAUAUGAAGAUGAGGCUGCAACUACGAUUCAGGCGGUGUGGCGAGGGUACAGCCUGAGGAGCCGUUUGCUGAUGGCUCUGGAGUAUGCCCAUCUGGAGGAGGAAGAGGAGGGGGAGGAGGAGUUUGUGGAGGUUGACCUGGACGAUUUCUGUCUGGAUAUGGAUGAUCUGGAUGCUGACUGGAAACCCCCGCCCACUCCAAGGAUCCCAUCCAGCCAUGCACUAUUGAGUAAACCACCCUCGGGGCGCCCCACAGCUUUACACACUGGAGGAGAGCUUAACACGCCCCACCCCCCUGCCUUCCCAAGACAGGCUUGGCGAAACCUCACAUCUCCACUCACCAAUAGAUCCUCACCCCAUGGGCGACAGCCAAGGCCACCCUCAUCUCAGGCAAGCGGAACUGACACACAUCGCACAGGACUGUCAAAAAAGGAAGAAAUGCUGUCUGAGGAAUGGGGUUUCAAGGACAGUCGCACUGCAGAGCUUAUGCUGCAGAGGGCAAAGAAGAUGAAGUAUAAUGCAGACAAGAAGAAAAAAAUAAGUAAACUAGAUCCCAAACAGAAGUUGGCCUUGUUUAAGAAGCUGACAGAGUCUACCAGGAUGUUAAUACCUGUCCAACACCCAACACGCAAAGUUAUGCCUCGCAAGGAAUAUUUUCAAGCUCGCGCUCGUGAAGCAGAGGAGAAAGAGAGAGAGAAGAGGUCUGAGGUUGCCACCCGUGCCUCCAGGACAUUUGAGUGGUUACAUACACAGGUGGGGGAAUUCCCCACCUCAGACCCGGUCAAGGUGUUGAUACGAAGCGAGAGUGAGAAUGGCUUACCCAGAUUAGAUAGUGACAUUACAGCCGGGAGGAGGGUUCAGCUAGUGGCCAGCCCUGCUCAAUUAGACUUAGAGAGCGUAAGUUCCCUGGGGGAGAACCGCUUGCGCAGUUUCUCCAUGGAUGAAUCUUCACCUUUGGGAGUUCAACAGGUGCCAGUGCAGUUACCACCAAUUAAGACAAAUUCGGCCCCAUCAAACAGAGUGAAGGAGCGGAUGUCUUGGAGAACCCCAAAGAAAAACACGGACAUCGGCUGGGGUGGUGGCCGUAAGCGCUCUCUGAAGAGCUGAGAAGCAGAUUUCACAGCUUUGGUCACUUCAAGAAUUACUGUCAUGUUGCUUGUCAUAAUAUUUUGGUAAGGAGUGUAAAUGGCAUAAGUGUGACGAAAAAGGGGGGUUUCCUGUCCUGUAGUUUGCAUAAGGUGAUUCUGUGUUACUACAGAUCACAGCAGAAGGAAUUAUAUAUAUACUUCUACAUGUAUAUAUAUUAUUUAUAUGAUGAAGAUGGUGUAUGUGUAGGGUGAGAUAUGUAGAGAUCAGCUGUGAGUUUCAUCUCAGAGACACACCUGGGAAUAACUUACUUGUAAUCUACAGGAAGAUGGUGUUUGUGUAGGGUGAGGUAUGUAGGGAUCAGCUGUGAGGUUCAUCUCAGAGACACACCUGGGAAUAACUUACUUGUAAUCUACAGGAAGAUGGUGUAUGUGUAGGGUGAGGUAUGUAGGGACCAGCUGUGAGGUUCACCUCAGAGACACACCUGGGAACAACUUACUUGUAAUCUAGAGGAAGAUGGUGAACAUAUAGGGUGAGAUGUGAAGGAAUGUAGGACAUUAUCCCCCCUGACAUUUUCCCCUCCUGGACAUUUUCCCCUCCUUGACAUUUUCCCUCCUGGACAUUUUCCCCUCCCUAUAUAUCUACAUGCAUAUAUGAUCAGUGGGAAAUAUAAAUAUGAUAUUCUAAGUGAGAUUUCUUGUAAUGAAUAGCCCAAGGGGUGAAAAUUAGCAGUUGUUUUUACUUAUUCACAAAAUUCAGGUAUUUAUCUUCGUAUAGUGAAGAUUUGAAGGCCUCUGUAGCAUGUCAGGGGGUAAAAACAGUCAGUGUUUUAUUUUGAUAUAUUCACAAAAUUCAGGUAGUUGUCUUCAUGUGGUGAAGAUAUUAUGUAGAUAAUUAAAGUAGAACUUCCAUCAUAUAAUACAGUAACAAAACAGUAUUGUGAUAAAAGCUUAAUGAAUAAAGUUCUGAGUUCUCUAGAAUUUGGGGUAAACUAAUAGGCUAAUCAGUUCUUUGUCAAGGGAUUAACCCAAAAGCCAGGUAUACUGGCUACAGUCAUUUUAUUUACAUUGUUGGUUUACCCUUCACAGAUAAUAAUCUCCUGUCCAAGUAAUGACAAAAU